AUGCGGCUCUCUGGCCUCCCCUUGGCCCUUCGCUCUCACCCACCCCUCAUCCUCUCCAAAAAGAAAAAAAGCAAAAAACGAGAGCAGGAAAGCCACCAGGCACCUGUGUUGUAGUUGCGAAACAUGGCCCCUAUUCUCGACAGCAGAAGCAACCAUGCUGACACCAAUUAUUCCCUGCCAAUCAGUACAGCAUGAAUAAGGGACCAACUUACGGCGCAACGGCCACUGAUGAAAUCAACUGGACUGUUGUUAGUCAUGGCCCAGGUCGGGUUGGACGACCCAGAAGCCUCACAACUCAUCAUCCUCUCAGGUCGCAUUUACGGACAAGCGAUGGAGCAUAUUUUCAGGCACCAUUUGCGUGGAUCCCAUCUCGUUUGUUCUGGAGGUGGCUAUGCCGCCGGCUCAUGGACCUAUAUUGGCCCUGUGCGCCCCGUUCAUGUAAAUUUUUCCUUGCCGAGAGGAGGACAACCUCACCCGCUGCCGUAGGGCUGAUGGUAUUUCGAGCAUGCCUUUUUUUCUUUCGCAUACCUCUCCCUUGACGCCAUGAUCCGAUUCCUUGGCAACUGGCUUGUAAUUGCCGACUUAUGCCAGCAGCGUACCGUCUCAUUGGACAAUUUGAUCUGCAAGAGCAGACUUCCGGGAAUGGAGACAUAUACUACUCAUGGUUGCUCCGCUGCGUUGGUUCCAUAGCCGCAUCAGCGUUGCGUUGCAUCCGUCUCUCCAGAUGGACAGUCCGCCGCGGUCCGUCAAUCCAUCAACCACAAACGAGUGAAUGGUGGUUUGGCUAGACAUUACGAUGGAAUGCUGGCAUGAUGGACGGCUGUUCCGCACUUUGCUGACAUGGUACCCCAAGAAACCCUACAGCGGCACUGUCGGCAGAAAACCGUCCAGGGCCAAAGUUUCUCCAUAGUCAGGCUUAUACAUGC